UGCAGCAAUCCCGACGAUGACGCCUCAUCCAUCUGUCUUCGUAGUCCGCAACACUGUGCGGACUAUUUGCCGUAAUGAUGGUUCACGGACGAGGAGCGAUUGCCAUGGCGACGCCCGUCGAGCAGCCACGCGUAAAGUGCGUGCAUCGAUGCGCCUGCUUCUCCUCACCUAGGGGAAGCGUAUGCGUCGUAUCAAGCCAUCAACACUAUUUUCCGUUAAAGUUUUGAGGAACAGCCAUGUUGGGGGGCGCAAGUGCUCUAAUAAAUGAGCUAGACCAGGUCGUGAACAGCCGCUAUCCGAAAGAGCUAAAGACGCUAUUCAAUGUCUGUGUGCGAUGCUCGGACGCCGAGAUCGCACAAAGUGUACUCUUACGCGCCUGUCAAGUUGACCGCUUGGCGGUAUGCUUGCUUGAGGGUCUGCGACAGUGGCCGUAUGUGCUACACAUCCUAGCUCGCUUCGCGUACCAAACGCCCUUUCGGGAUGCGCUGCUUCGGUGUGAUCCGAACAUACUGCACCACCUCUUAGUGCACGCGACAGCAACCAACAAUGUCCGGUCAAGGCACGCGGCAGCAGCUGUCGCCAUACUGUCAAAUGCCGUUCCAGAGCGAUACGCUCUUCCAGCUGAGUGUCAGGUAUUCUUCGUACGUCUCGUUGAAGCAGCUGCCCAUGAACCAACGGUCCACAAUAUGGAGCCCGUGUACGCUGUCCUGAAAGGAACCUCCUCCUUGCUCGUCGCCCUUCUGCCCAAGCACACAUUGACCUUAGUUGAGUCACGGCUCGACGACAUCCUGCGAAGCGCCCAUAACCACGGCGACCGCGAUGCGGAAAGCCACUUGCUCACACUCUAUUGCUUGGCUAUUAUGGGAACCAUCAUGUUGGCCGUGGACGACCAACAAGCUUUGCACAGUAGUUUCUACGAGACGCAAGAUCUGCUUUCUGGAACGCCAGCCGGAUCGGCGCCGUGGCAGGCCCAUGGAAUGCGCAACUUCUUCUCGGUAUCUGACAAAGCGCGCAGAACUGUUCACCUUGUGGUCCUUCAGGCCAUGUGGGCCUGCCAAACGCAUCAAGAAUCUGCAAUGGACCGGUUAACUGUCCUCCGUCUUGCGAAUGUGAUUCUAAACUUCAUCCCGCAGGAUACGAAGGACGCCUGGUGCUCCAACAAUGGCCCGAUUGUGCAGAAGUUGCAGCAGAAAGCGCUAUCCUGUAGGUCGGAUAAUGUGUUACAAACCGAGGCCUUUGGGUUUAUAUGCUCACUCUGCAAACCCGUCUUCUUACAGACAUCGUGUAUGGAGAGCAUUAGGCAUACCAUCUCCUCACCAGACCAGCUGCGCGGAACGACCUUCAGCAAAGGCAGUGCUCUGGAGCACUGCUUGGACGCUGUGAUGGACGGAGGAACCGCGAACCUGUUGGUACGCAAUCUUGUGCAGAUCUUAUGCUCCUCCAAUGCCAUUACCCUUGUGGAAACCGGUACAACCUUCUCAAGCAUACUGCAAUGGCUCUCGUCCUUGCCGACGAUCAUGCUGUCACUCGUCACCAUCAUCGACGGUCCGCUUCGACAUACCUUUCAAGAACUGGCAUGUAGCGUUGUAUCGCCGCAUACUCUUUCCGGUCAUGCCCCGGAUGGACUUGCUUGCGCGUCUCUGUGGCGGUCGAUACGUAGUCAGAUUCUCCACGAGCUCAGCAGACUACUGCUCAGAUGUGCACUCAGCGCCUCGGAGACAGAGACGAUCAUCCAACCUCAAUUCGGUGAAAUGCUCUUACGUAUCCAUGCGGCUACGGCGUCGACUGAGCCUUGUGCACACACCGUGCCUUCACCCUCGAUGUGUCUACCCACUUGUUCUGUGGUGGAAGGAGUGGUUGCGCCAAAUGAAGAGCAUACAGAGUGGCGGCAAGUUUUGCAAAGCCAUCUGGCGGACGGAGCUCAGGCCCAACAUGAUGCAUUGAGCAGAUUGUUCGCCCAAGCAUGUUUCGAUCUUGAAGCGCGCUGUGAGGACGUUGAGCGGCCCUUGCAGGACGAACGUCGUACUCGCCGAGAAUUACAGCACCAAUAUGAUCAUCUGCAGGAAGCAUACAAUGACCUCGACGCACAGAGCAUGAGCUGCAAGGUGCAGUGCGAGGCUCUCGAAGUGGAGAUGGCGGCGUGUUCAUGCCAGCUUGCUGGGGCGAACGAGAGAGUUGAAGAGCUGCAGCAGAGUGUGGAUCAUCUGGGAGACAGUUUGCGGCAUGCUCGCGAAAACGCAGAGCGCACCACCAUCAAUGCGACGAGCAAAAAGGUGGCAUCUGACCUAGCGCAUGCGACUGUGCUUGCUAAAUGCGAAGCGGAUCUUGAGGACACGAGAGAAGCCUGUGCUGAUGCGGAAGGUAGACUGCAGAAGGCAUCUGUUGAUGUGGCCCACAUGCAAAGUCGGCUUGAGAACACCGAGGCAGAGCGGGCCUCGCUGAUGGAUCAACUUGAUCGGCUCCAAAGGGGGCUGGAGGACAAGUGUGCAGAAGUGCAUGCGCUGAGUGCCGCUGCUGAUGAGAACACGUCGCAAAAGAUCUCACUGGAAGAGAAAUUACACUCCGCUAAUGUUGCGCUCGAGCGUGAGAAAGAGGCCCACGAAGAUCACGUUCAGCAGGUCAAGGCGCAUAUGCGUCAGAAUGCGGAUGCUGCUAACGCAGCGCACAACGAAGCUCUAGACCGCAUGGCAUCGCAACAUGGCGAAGAAGCCGCAGAUCUACAACGCAGAUUUGCGGAUGCUGAACAACAGAUCAAACGCUUGCGACGUGAGUGCAAGCAAAAGGACGAGCAAAUCACAGACGCUGACGCCAUGCGCUCAAAACUAUUUGCUGCGCUUGGCGGACCCCAACACCAAGCAAGUCUGCCAUAUCGACCUCGGUCUACACGGGUGUCGGGCACGCAGCAAAGCCAUUUGGAAGGUUCGCCAUCGAUGCUUGUGGACUCGCAGAGCCAAGCGUUCGAUGGGCGGGCAUCUUUUGCCUCCAAUGCUUCAUCGGGCAAAUCGAGAAACGGACCGACGCCGAAGCGAGCGAAGCCUCGCAAGACAAUCGCAGUGCCGUCACCUGCAGAGUCGCGACUCAGCAUCGCGACUCGCGCAUCUUGAGCAAGCAUAGCGGCACGGAGCCGUGGCACACGUUGGCCGUUAGGCCAGCUUGACGCGAACAGUUCGCCGCUUAGCGGGAAUCCGAAGACGCCACGGAAAGGCGACAUGCAGAUGAACCGCGGUGAAUAUGAUGACCCUACGUGGGACGAGACUGAAAUUCCAUUAGGCUCGGCUGAACCUGGCACGAUGGACUUGGCUGCCAUGCUUGAUGCGGACACCCAGGGCUAAUAUAAAGCCGCGGGGCAUGAGAGCAAACGGCACGAGUA